UGCCCGCCGCCCGGCUCCCGGCUGCUCGCGGCCCCCGGCUCCUACCUGGCGCUCUGGCCAGGGUCGGGCACCGGCGGACAAGACCGCGCGACUGGCCGGCCGAGCUCUGGGCCGGCCGCGGGAGCAGGGUCCGCGAUGGCGCUCUCCCUGACUGGGCUCGUUGCCUUCUCCUUCCUGCAAGCCACCCUUUCCCUGAACCCUGAGGACCCCAACGUGUGCAGCCACUGGGAGAGCUACGCUGUGACUGUCCAGGAAUCGUAUGCACACCCCUUCGAUCAGAUCUAUUACACACGAUGCACAGACAUCCUCAACUGGUUCAAGUGCACCAGGCACCGGAUCAGUUAUAAGACGGCGUAUCGGAGAGGUCUCCGGACCAUGUACCGGCGGAGGUCCCAGUGCUGCCCUGGCUACUAUGAGAACGGAGACUUCUGCAUACCCCUGUGUACGGAGGAGUGUGUGCACGGCCGCUGCGUUUCCCCGGACACCUGCCACUGCGAGCCUGGCUGGGGGGGGCCCGACUGCUCCAGCGGCUGCGACAGCGACCACUGGGGGCCCCACUGCAGCAACCGGUGCCAGUGCCAGAACGGCGCCCUGUGUAACCCCAUCACAGGCGCCUGCGUGUGCGCCGCCGGCUUCCGUGGAUGGCGCUGCGAGGAGCUCUGCGCGCCUGGCACCCACGGCAAGGGAUGCCAGCUGCCGUGCCAGUGCCGACACGGUGCCAGCUGCGACCCCCGCACCGGCGAGUGCCUCUGCGCGCCUGGCUAUACCGGCGUCUACUGUGAGGAGCUGUGCCCUCCUGGGAGCCAUGGAGCUCACUGUGAGCUGCGCUGCCCCUGCCAGAAUGGGGGCACCUGCCACCACAUCACUGGCGAGUGUGCCUGCCCCCCAGGCUGGACGGGAGCAGUGUGUGCCCAGCCCUGCCCACCAGGAACAUUUGGCCAGAACUGCAGCCAGGACUGUCCUUGCCACCAUGGAGGGCAGUGUGACCACGUGACUGGACAGUGCCACUGUACAGCUGGAUACAUGGGGGACAGGUGCCAAGAGGAGUGCCCCUUCGGGACCUUCGGCUUCCAGUGCUCACAGCGCUGUGACUGCCACAAUGGUGGGCAGUGUUCACCUACCACGGGUGCCUGCGAGUGUCAGCCUGGCUACAAGGGCCCACGCUGCCAGGAGCGACUGUGCCCAGAGGGCCUUCAUGGCCCAGGCUGCACCCUGCCUUGCCCCUGUGACGCUGACAACACCAUCAGCUGCCACCCAGUAACCGGAGCUUGUGCCUGCCAGCCAGGCUGGUCUGGUCACCACUGCAAUGAAUCCUGCCCUGCUGGCUACUAUGGCGAUGGCUGCCAGCUGCCUUGCACCUGUCAGAAUGGCGCCGACUGCCACAGCAUCACUGGGGGUUGCACUUGUGCCCCAGGCUUCAUGGGAGAGGUCUGUGCCGUUUCCUGUGCAGCAGGGACCUACGGCCCCAACUGCUCGUCCAUCUGUAGCUGUAACAAUGGUGGCACCUGCUCCCCAGUAGAUGGCUCCUGUACCUGCAAGGAAGGGUGGCAGGGCCUGGACUGCACCCUGCCGUGUCCCAGUGGGACGUGGGGCCUGAACUGCAACGAGAGCUGCACCUGUGCCAAUGGGGCAGCCUGCAGCCCCACAGAUGGCUCCUGUUCCUGCACCCCUGGCUGGCUGGGAGACACCUGUGAGCUGCCUUGCCCGGAUGGCACAUUUGGGCUGAACUGCAGCGAACACUGUGACUGCAGCCAUGCUGAUGGAUGUGACCCCGUCACAGGCCACUGCUGCUGCCUGGCCGGAUGGACAGGCAUCCACUGUGACAGCACGUGUCCACCUGGCCGCUGGGGCCCCAACUGCUCUGUCUCCUGCAGCUGUGAGAAUGGAGGCUCCUGCUCCCCAGAGGAUGGGAGCUGCGAGUGUGCCCCUGGCUUCCAAGGACCCUUAUGCCAGAGAAUCUGUGCCCCUGGGUUCUACGGCCACAGCUGCGCCCAGCCAUGCCCCCUCUGUGUGCACAGCAGCGGGCCCUGCCACCAUGUCAGCGGCGUCUGUGAGUGCCUCCCAGGAUUCUCUGGAGCUCUCUGUAACCAAGUGUGUGCUGGAGGACACUUUGGGCAGGACUGUGCCCAGCUUUGCUCCUGUGCCAACAACGGGACCUGCAGCCCUAUCGAUGGCUCCUGUCAGUGCUUUCCUGGAUGGAUUGGCAAGGACUGCUCACAGGCUUGCCCACCCGGGUUCUGGGGCCCCGCCUGCUUCCACACAUGCAGCUGCCACAACGGGGCGAGCUGUAGCGCCGAGGACGGGGCCUGCCACUGCACCCCUGGCUGGACUGGACUCUUCUGCACACAGCGCUGCCCAGCAGCAUUUUUUGGGAAGGACUGUGGGCGUGUAUGCCAGUGUCAGAAUGGCGCCAGCUGUGACCACAUCAGUGGCAAGUGCACCUGCCGCACAGGCUUCACCGGGCAACACUGUGAGCAGAGAUGUGCCCCAGGAACCUUUGGCUAUGGGUGUCAGCAGCUAUGUGAGUGCAUGAACAACUCCACCUGUGACCAUGUCACCGGCACCUGUUACUGCAGCCCUGGCUUCAAAGGAAUCAGGUGUGACCAAGCCGCCCUCAUGAUGGAGGAGCUGAAUCCCUACACCAAGAUCAGCCCAGCACUGGGUGCAGAGCGGCACUCAGUGGGUGCUGUCACAGGCAUCAUGCUCCUGUUAUUCCUCAUUGUGGUGCUGCUGGGCCUAUUUGCCUGGCAUCGGCGGCGGCAGAAAGAGAAGGGCCGAGACCUGGCUCCCCGCGUCUCCUACACACCUGCCAUGAGGAUGACCAGCACCGAUUACUCCCUCUCAGGUGCUUGUGGAAUGGAUAGACGUCAGAACACAUACAUUAUGGACAAAGGCUUCAAAGAUUACAUGAAAGAAUCCGUGUGCAGUUCUAGUACUUGUUCCUUGAAUAGCAGUGAAAACCCUUACGCCACAAUUAAGGACCCACCCAUCCUCACCUGCAAGCUUCCAGAAAGCAGCUAUGUAGAAAUGAAGUCGCCUGUGCACAUGGGGUCUCCGUACACAGAUGUGCCAUCCUUGUCGACAUCUAAUAAAAAUAUAUAUGAAGUUGAGCCCACAGUCAGUGUGGUCCAAGAAGGUCGCGGUCAUAACUCCAGCUAUAUCCAGAAUCCAUACGACCUACCUAGGAACAGCCAUAUUCCUGGUCAUUAUGACCUCCUCCCAGUAAGACAGAGCCCUGCCAAUGGGCCGUCCCAGGACAAGCAAUCUUAAGAGGGAUAAGCUUCUCUCUUGCAGUGUGCUCUACUGAAUAUUCUGACUCUCUGAAAGAAGACAAUCCCUUGACUUGAAGUAAUGGUACAGACUGGCUCCAGCUGCAUGUUAGUUAUUACGUCCACCUGGAACUAAAGAAGAGCAUCCAGGUGGGACUGGGAUAACUGUUCAAGGAAUUGUGUUCUCAAAGGCAAAUCCUAUCACCCCCUCAGCCCCAAAUGCCCUGGAUAUGAUUUUUAAAACAUUUUAAGACAUAACUACUCAUCAACAUCAGCUAAAUAUAGCUGAUACAUAUAUAUUUAUCUGAAAUGUGGUAUUUUAAAAACAUGUAGGUUUAACAAACCUUCCUAGGACAAAAAGGAGACUGGGGAGAGAAGAGGAUUACUUUAAAGCACCUAAAACAUAUUAUGUACUUUUGGUUGCUGUUAUCAUCAACAUCUGUUUUAUUACCGAAGACAAUUAGUACAUAGACAUGAACUGUUCUUAAAUAGAACAGUCUUAAAAUAUCUGUACAUAUAUGUCUGGUCCAUCAAAUUACAACAGCCAAGAUUACAGAAUCUAGUUUAUAGUCUAAUGCUGACAACUUCCAUUUUAAAAAACAAGACUUUACUGUCUUCUGCCCCGUGAUAGGUUUAAAUAUACACACACACACAUAUCCAAAGUGCAGCAACAAGUCUGCAACAAGAUUCCUAGGGCAGCUUUAUCAAAUUUUGCCAAUUCAAAGUUUAAGGACAUUACAAGUCAGUGCUGGCUAUGUCAUAUCUACUUAGUCCAUUCAACACCUGAAUCAUUCCAUGUAAAACAGAGCUCUAAGAUGAUCCUUUAAGUAAGCAGUCACAGACUGGUUGGGAUUAAGUAUCCCUACAGAGGGCUAGUUGGCCGCCUCAUUUUAUUUGGUCAGCAUCCCUUGACUCAAAAGAGUACUUGCUUCCAAGUAGUUCUUCAUAAAUCUUGGGAUUGAUGUAGUAUGAAACCUAAAAGUAUACAGGAAAUUGGACAAAUGUGGAUACAGGAAAUUUACAUUGCUUAAAGUACAUUAUGCUUUUUGAUGGAACUAAAUGAAAUGAUCAAAAAAAGAAUGAACUAUAACCAGUUGCUGUAGCGUGAUGUAAAAAUGUUACUGUAAACAGCAUGGGGAUAUGAAGUCCUUCCACCUUCUAUCUUAAAACUACUACUAACUGAGCUAGCCCAAUAUGCAUUACAAUGAGCUAAUGCUCCAGAUCCCAGUAGUCGGAUGUGUCUGUACCUUCCACUAUCAACACAGAUAAACUGAGGCUCCGAUGAGUCCAAAUGAAGUCAAAUCCCAAGCCCUAAAGAGAACCUUCUCACAAGAAUUAAAAACAAAAAGGGCAAACCUAGGAAGCUAAUGGCUACUCCUGUACCACUCUAUUCACUGGUACAGUCCAGCCAGUAAAAAACACUUCCAAAAAGAUAUACAGAAGAGGAACUAAAUGAUUACAAAGCUGGAAUACUGCUACAGCAAGUAUGAGAGUUCUGAAACCCUUGAUAGAAAUGGAAGCCUGCCAUGGAACACAAUACUUUGGGCAAUAAUCAGAAAAAGCAAAAAAAUAAAUAAAUUGAGUACAUCUCCCCUUCCCACGUCACUCAAGGCAUAAGCAAAUUUUACUGUUAGAGGAAAAUAUAUAAUACUUACAUGAAUGCUGCAUGUGUGCAUGGGAACAACUGAUUAGCAAUAGUAAAUUUACUUUCCAAAAAAGCCUUAUUAAAAUAUAAAUAUUAGAAAAUUACUUUGUAGACCCAAGUAAAUAUUUCUCAUACAUAUGUAGAAAGAAAUAUAGGUAAGCGGCUUACCUCAGUAUUUCAGGGCAGCAAGUGUUUGUGAAGCAAGGAUGAAGAAGCAUGAAGAUGUCAGAUCAGCAAGGAGAAACUUCAACUCAAUCCCAGGUUUUCUCUUCUUCCCUUAUCCUGCAUGUAUAAUAACUGCUGCCUGGCAAACUGCAAACAAGCAGCAUCACUCAAGUUUCAAGUUUCACCUCUUUUGUCAACUAUCCUCUGGGCAAAGGUAUUCAGCAAGAGGUGGAAUGGCUAGGCACUGAAUCAAGAGAUUUCAGUGUUACUCUGGUCAAGUUAGUUGCCCUCUCUGGGCUCCUUUUUUUUCUAUGCAUAAAAAAGAGGAGAAGCAGAGAGUGGGAAGACAGCUCUAACAACCCUUCAGCUCUAGCAUUCCAUGACUUUUUAAGGAAAUGUAAUACAAGUCAAACUAGGCAAUACAGAGGAGAAGGGAAAGGCAGAAGGUGUGAUUAUGGUGACAAUAGCUGCCUUCACCUAUCGAAGAGUUAUCAGUAAAAGACAUUUCAAUCUUACAAAGCAACUGUUAGAAACUUCUAACACCAUCACAAAUAGGUUCAUGGUCAGCCUAAACAUGUGCACUGUGCAUUUUAUGGGUGACUUUGAAAGAUCUCAAUUAUUUUUCAGAAACUAAAUUUUCAGACAAAUAUGUGUACAAUUAAAAUGAAUGAAAGAAAAACCAUUAUUGUACAGUAGUAUUAAUGAGACUGUGAAAUGGCAAUACUUUUUUAAAUCACAGAUUUGUAAUAUAUAUGUUCACUGUGCAGAGGGAUUGUACCUUGUACAAAAUAAAACAAAUUUCUCAAACUAAUUU